GACACGGACAACCAAGUUCUGCUCACACCCUAGUCUGCUGACACGGCCAACCAAGUUCUCCUCAUGCUCCUCGUUCUGUCACGAUUUCCCCUCAAGCUAAGUGCUGUAGCACGCAGCAUGCUUGGAAAACCGAAGCGCGAGCUCGAUGCGGUCACAAAAUACUUAAAGUGGAUGUAACAUUACAUAACAUACAUUAUAUGCAUAACAAUACAUAACAUUACAUUGAUUUACAUUACAUUGAAACUACAUUGUAUUACAUUACAUUGAUUUACUUUACACUGCAUUGCAUUACACUACAUUGAAAUUACAUUACAUUACACUGCACUGCAUUACGUUUCAUUGCAUUGCCUUACAUUGCAGUAUUACAAUAUAUAUAUUUAAAUAGUUAUUUAUAAAAUCACAAAAUUGUAACAUCACAGAAGUAAUUCCAGAAUAAACUACUACUUCAUUUACUGCUGCUGUUCUGCAAGAUGGUCCUGACAAUCCAAUAAAAAAUGCAACAAAUAUAGCAACAGAUAAACAGUACUUUUAAUCACCAUUAUAAAUUUUGAUCCACGGUUAUAUGAGAAUAUAGCGUGGAAACCUUACAGACAAAUUAUACUUAAGAAAUUAUACUUAAGUGAAAGUAAAUGUAAUGUGUCAAAAUUUUCAAUUCAAUUGAAAAAAUAUACUCAAGUGAAAGUUUUAAAAGUUGCUACUUUUAAAUGUAGUAAAAUACUAAAAAGUAAAUGUUUUUAAAUGAAGUUACUGUCAUGUUUUGUAAAUUUCAUUAUUUAUCUAAAACUGUUAGAUGAUUUUUGUUUUCAAGCAACUGCAUAGCAACUAAGCAUCAUUCAAUCAUCAAUCUGUAAAUGUGCUUGUUAUAUGCAUGACUAAUGCUGAAGUUUGCUAAUGAAUUAAUCAGAAGUAAAACAUCAUGUAAAUAACCAAUAUUAACCACUAGCUAGAAUUUGACUUGCUGCCUAGCCAGUUUAUUUUAUCUACUGGAAUUGAUGCUAGUCUAACCUGGCCUUAGCAAAGAAAACAGGCUAACUUAGUUAAUAGCCAGUUAAUGUUAGCAAAUUAGUGAAACUUACCUCAACAUGCUUUUUUAAUUAGAUGGCAUUCAUGUCUUCUAGGGAUGCAAAGGAGACACCUCAAUUUAUGUGUCUUUGCUUACUCCAGCAUAUUGAAAUAUUUUACUAAGGUAGGGCAAGGGGAUGUUAAUCCUCAAUUUCUACACUGCAGUCUGGUGGCUUGUCCAUUUUCAGAGGCACACAGAUAGCUAUAGUGUUAACUAUUGUGCAGCAUGAGAAGGUCACUAUGGAUAACUAAUUAGCAAGAUUUUAAAUAGUUUUUUUUUUCUUUUGAUAGUUUUACUUUUUCAUUACUGAAUUCAUUUCAGUCAAGAAAAAAACAAUAAACGCAUAUAGGUCAAACCUAAAAUCUAGUUUGUGAGUGCUAGAAGAAGCUGCUAUAGACAUGAGAUCAGAUAACAGGUCUUGAUAAUUCUAUAGACAAGAGUGGAAUUGUCUUAUUGAGAAGGUGAUACAGCAGCUGUUCCUCAAGGUUAAUGGAAGAAGUGUGCAUUCAGUUUUAAGGUAAAAAAAAACACAAAAAAAAACCCUUGCUGCUAGGAAAUAACAGGCUAGCAAACUUAGGUUUAAAGAACUCUUGUUUUGUAAUUUCACCCUUAAAUUUCUCUGUGACUGUGGGUAUUUAGUGUUGGCAUAAUGGCAGUUGUCUAUUGCCCUUUCCAAAAUAGCCUGUCAUUAUCCUAUUUUGUUAUAUAUUAACGUAGAAAUACACUAAAAUAUCAGAUUAUGUAAUCAAUUUAGUCAAUUUCACAAAUAACAUAUAGCACAAUGUUAUAUGCAAAUAAGCAUUUAAAUAUAUGGUUAUUGUUAUGCUAUUGUCAAGAAUGCUAGUACAACACUUUAUUUCUGUAUAUUAACAAUCCCACCUAUGUGGUUUUUAUAAGGCUACCCCAUCAGAAAGCUGUGAAUCCCCAAAUCCCUGCUCUUAUACCAGUGCAAAGAUGAUGCCAUCAUGGUCUGACUCCACCUUCGAACUAUAAGUAUAAAGAAGGUAGAAUCUGUUUCUCUGCCUCUCCUUCCCUCCCUUCUCAGCUCCGGCCAGUGUCGGGAGCUGGAGAGAUCUAAUAUCACGCUUGGACACGGAGGACCUCAGUGUGCAGAGCUCCAGAGAGACGAUGGCUUCAGCCGGCCUGGAAAUUCUGGGCAUGAUUCUGUCUGUGGCUGGCUGGCUGGGCGCAAUGGUGGCCUGCUGCCUGCCUAUGUGGCGCGUGGCGGCGUAUGUGGGUCAGAACAUUGUGAUCACACAGGUGGUGUGGGAGGGCCUGUGGAUGAGCUGUGUGGUGCAAAGUACAGGCCAAAUGCAUUGCCAGAUCUAUGAUUCCAUGUUAGCGCUGCCCAGUGACCUGCAGGCAGCACGAGCUCUGGUUGUCAUCACUGUGUUCAUUGGCGUGGUGGCCAUGACGCUGGCCGUAGCAGGCGCCAAGUGCACCAACUGUACGUCGGAUGUGUCCAGCAAGCCUCGCAUCAUGCUAGGUGCCGGUGCAGCAUUCGGCAGCGCUGGGCUGUUGUUGCUUUUGGCCGUGUGCUGGUCAGCCUACACCAUUGUCCUUGACUUCCAUGACCCACUGCUGCAGGACACACAGAAGAGGGAGUUGAACACAAUGGCAGCUCUGGGUUUAGAAAUAUUGGGCGUCACAUUGGCCACCCUGGGCUGGAUUGUUGGCAUUGUGUCCUGCGCUUUGCCAAUGUGGAGGGUGACCGCCUUCAUCGGCUCGAACAUUGUGACGGCACAGAUCAUCUGGCAGGGCAUAUGGAUGGACUGUGUGGUGCAGAGCACAGGCCAGAUGCAGUGUAAGGUCUACGACUCCAUGCUGGCAUUGCCCCAAGAUCUACAGGCAGCUCGAGCUCUGUGUGUGAUCGCCAUCAUGCUGGGAGUGCUGGGAGUCUUGGUCUCUGUCUCAGGGGCCAAGUGCACCAACUGCAUAGAGGAUGAGCGCACGAAGGCCAAGGUGAUAAUCGCUGCUGGCGUGACAUUUAUUUGCGCUGCUGUCAUGGAGUUGAUCCCGGUGUCCUGGUCGGCCCACACGAUCAUCAUGGAUUUCUACAACCCGGUGAUAACAGAUUCACAGAAACGAGAGAUUGGAGCGUCUCUCUACCUGGGAUGGGCGGCUGCCGCUUUGCUGCUGACAGGGGGAGCAAUUCUGUGCUGCAGCUGCCCACCACAUCAAGAGAAAAGGUACGGUACAGGGAGCAGGAUGGUCUACUCCACCACGCGAUCUGUUGCACCCAGCACCUACGACAGAAAAGAUUAUGUCUAAGCUAAUGAGAGAGACGAAGAACGAAGAGUUAGAGUCUGAGAUUGUCCUUGGUUUGAUCAGAGCAAGGAAAUUAAGGACUGUUAACUCAGUGACCCAACAGAGAAAAAAAUGUCUCAGUGUGUGUCAAAUUGAGAAAUGCAGUAGGGUUACCUUCAUGACUGACUGAAUCGUCUGGUUCUCUUACUUGUGGUGUUUGAAACUGUUAUGUUUUUGUACAUGUUGGAUGUGUUUUGCAUAUUAACUGAACAUCAUGAUUGCAAUCAUAACUGUAAAAUUAGUUUUCUUUUGAGUAUUCUUAAGUAUUGGUGAGUUAAAUGUGGCUUAUAUUAUAUAUGAAUAUAUAUUUACAUUUGUAUUAGGAAAAUCAACUGUUUGUUGCUCAAACAGCUUUUUUUGUUUUAAAUAAAAAUAAAAAACCUCA